UAAUACAAGAAAGCUACUUGUAAACAACAAAGCCAAAUGUUGAUCAAAAUUGCAUCAGACGGCCAAAAACUCCAUAUCUUCUGGCAAUGAAGAGAACACCAAGUCCUCAUACUCCGCAGGCAAAUCAGAGAAAGCAAAUCGCCAGUUUCCGGUAUGAAGAUGGUAACAAGAACAAAGCUGAGCACAAAAGUCUUCCUGUCCUGAGGCAUAUCAAGGUUGCCAUGAAGAAAGUUGCCGGGAUUUUCACAGCUCUUUUCGGACAGCGAAAGGCCGCCUCAAAGGCUGCUGCUUUGAUUGAAACAAGAAGAAAUGAUUCUCGAAUCCGGGGGAUUUCGUCUUCAACUGAUCGUUCGUCAGGGAGUGAUACUAGGAGUAAGAGCUCGUCAAAGUUAAAGAUCUCUCAGUCCGUCAGUUUUUCCAGUGGAUUAAUUGAGACGACGAACUUCUCUUACGAAGAGAUUCUCAAAGCAACCGAAAAAUUCUCUCCAGCAAAUAAGAUUGGUGAGGGUGCAUUUGGAACGGUGUACAAGGGAAGGCUUGCAGAUGGAUCUCUUGUUGCUGUAAAGCGUGCUCGGAAGGCUGCAUCUGACAAGAUCUUAGAAACGGCGUUUAAGAAUGAAAUACGUACCUUGUCAACGAUCGAGCAUCUGAAUUUGGUAAGGUUAUAUGGAUAUCUGGAGCAUGGAGAUGAGCGGAUUAUUGUGGUUGAAUAUGUUGCAAAUGGAACGCUUCGCGAGCAUUUGGAUGGUACAAAUGGAAAUGAACUUGAAACCGGAGAACGUUUGGACAUUGCUAUUGAUGUGGCUCAUGCAAUCACCUAUCUUCACAUGUAUACAGAUCCUCCGAUAAUCCACAGAGACGUAAAAUCUUUAAACAUCCUCAUCACAGAGAAACUUCGGGCUAAAGUGGCGGACUUUGGGUUUGCACGAUCGUCUGCAGACCCAAAUGCAACUCACAUUUCAACUCAAAUCAAAGGAACGGCAGGAUACUUGGACCCCGAGUACCUCAAAACUUAUCAACUCACCGUAAAGAGCGAUGUUUACUCCUUUGGUGUCGUGCUUGUAGAACUUAUGACAGGAAGACGACCCAUCGAACCAAAGAAGCCAACCAAUGAAAGAAUUACAACAAGAUGGGCAAUCCAAAUGUUGAAACGAGGAGACGCGAUACUUGUCAUGGAUCCAAGGCUACGGAGAAGCCCGGCAUCAACGAUGGUUUUGGAGAAAGUCCUCCUGCUAGCUCAGGAAUGCCUUGCACCUCUAAGAAAUUCAAGACCCUCCAUGAAAAAAUGUGCUGAAGUGUUAUGGGAAAUUCGAAAGGACUUUCGAGAAAAAUCCCUCCCUUCUUCCUCUGAUGUUCCUUUUUCUGCGAAUUAUCCCGUCAGAGAUGCAAAGAUGACUCGGCAGACAUCGUUUGGGAUUCAAGAUGAUGAUUGGCAGAAAUUUAUCUCUGCCUAACUUAUAAGAAUUUUGAGUGAAAUUAUUUACAGAAAAUUGUUUUCUUCUUCUAUCCAAGUGUUUAGUUAGUACAUCUAUGUAAAAAAGAAACGUCUUUUUGUAUAUAACCCAAUAUUCAAAUAUUAAAUUUCAAUGGCAAUCGGAUUUUAUUA